AGUUGAGUUGAGUUGGAUGGAGACACGGUUCGUACGGCAAGAACUCGUCCUCCGAGUUCGAGCUUCCGAGUUGCUCCAAGCUCUCCUCUAAUGGCAAGCAGCGCCGCCUCCGUCCUCAAUCGCCUUCUCCAAAAUGCCUCCCGUCCAAAGAAACCCUCCCAACCCCCUCCCUCUCCCUCCCUCAUUCUCCACCACAUCAAUUCCAACAACUUCGCCGCAGCCUUCUCCGCCCUCUUCUCCAUACCCACCCCUCUCUCUAUCCCUCUCUACUCCCGCCUCCUCCGCAUCUCCGCCUCCACCCGCUCCCUCGUCGACGCUCGCCACCUCGAGUCCCACAUCAUCUCCACCCACCAUCCCCGCCACCCUCCCACCUUCCUUCUCAACCGCACCAUCGAGACUUACGCGGCUUGUGGCAGCCUCCGCGAUGCUCGUGAGUUGUUCGACGAAAUGCCCAGGCGAAAUGGCGGCACUUGGAAUGCCAUCAUCUCCGCCUACGCCUCUGCCGGACACUCCCACGAUGCAAUUCUCUUGUUCUCGCGGAUGAAUAAGUCUGGCUCCUCCCGGCCCAAUGACGUGAGCUUCGCCUGUGCGCUCGGCUCCUGCGCCGAUCUCCUCGCGCUCCUUCUCGCGCGGCAGAUACAUUGCCUUGUUCUCAAGUACGGGUUUGCUAAAAAUGUGAUCUUGAGCACCUCGGUUGUCGAUGUUUAUGGCAAAUGUGGUAUUAUGAGUGAUGCGCGCAAAGUGUUUGAUGAAAUGCGUGAACGGAAUGCAGUGUCUUGGAAUGUGAUUGUGAGAAGGUAUUUAGAGAUGAAUGAGGGUGAAGAAGCGGUGAUCUUGUUUUUUACUAUGAUUGUAGAUGGUGUUAGGCCAUUGAAUUUCACUGUUUCGAAUGCGCUUGUUGCUUGUUCUGAUGUUUCGGCUCUCAAAGAGGGUUGUCAGAUACAUGGCAUUGCUGUGAAGCUUGGUUUUGAUGGGGAUCAUGUUGUUGAGAACUCACUCAUGGAAAUGUAUGCGAAAAAUGGGCUUUUGGAGGAUGCGAGGAAGCUCUUCGAUGAUUCUACUUCAAGAGAUGUUGUGUCCUGGACUUCGAUUAUUUCGGGUUAUGCAUUGUGUGGAAGGUUUGCUGAGGCUGAGAAGUUGUUUGAUAGUAUGCCAGAGAGGAAUGUGGUUUCGUGGAAUGCGAUGCUUGCCGGCUAUGUCCGUUGUUUGUGUUGGGGCAAAGCAUUGGAUUUCAUAUUCUUGAUGGCUAAGGAGUCGGAGGAGAUGGAUAAUGUAUCAUUGAAAUUGAUUUUGAAUGUAUGUGCUGGUGUUUCCGAUCUUGAAUUAGGGAAGCAGGUACAUGGGUUCGUGUUUAGGCAUGGUUUCUGCUCUAAUAUUUUUAUCGGCAAUGCGCUUGUGGACAUGUAUGGCAAGUGUGGGAACUUGAGAAGUGCCGAGCUUUGGUUUCUUAGCAUGGCUUCUAACCGGGAUAAAAUUUCAUGGAAUGCUUUGAUAUCAGGCUAUACUCGUCACGGCCGGAGUGAGGAAGCUUUGAAUGCUUUUGGUGAAAUGCAGUGGGAAACCACCCCGAAUGAGUUCACAUGCAGCACAGCUCUGGCUGCUUGUGCAAACAUUUUCGUGCUCAGACACGGGAAACAGAUUCAUGCUCACAUGAUCAGAAAUGAUUUUAACAUGGAUGUCAUAAUCCAAGGUGCAUUGGUUGACAUGUACUGCAAAUGUCGAUCCAUAGAGUACGCUAUCAACGUGUUUGAGCAGGCGACCUCAAAGGAUAUAAUCUUAUGGAACUCAAUGAUCAUGGGGUGUGCUUACAAUGGGAGAGGCGAAUUUGGUCUCGAGCUAUUCGAAAUGAUGCUGAAGGAUGGAACUAAGGCAGAUAAUGUCACCUUCAUUGCCAUUCUGCUGGCUUGUAUAACUGAGGGAUAUGUUGAUUUGGGUCAUCGAUAUUUCAACCUGAUGAGUGAUGAGUUUGGUAUCAUUCCUCGAGUGGAGCAUUAUGAGUGUAUGAUCGAACUACUCGGCAAACACGGUUUCAUGGUAGAACUUGAGGACUUUAUCGAGCGAAUGCCAUUUGAGCCAACCACCCCAAUGUGGAUGAGAAUCUUUGAUUGCUGCCGAGAACAUUCCUAUGCAAGAUUAGGCGAAAGAGCGGAAAGAUGGAUUAAUGAAUCAAACCCUUUGAAUCCAGUUGAGUUCAAUGUUUGUUCAGGUCCAGCAAUGGAACCUUCAUAGUGUCCAAGAAGCCUUCUGUGGUGUCGCAAAGAAAAAUUCCUGAUUGAGGAAUACGAAAUCCUAUAUGAUACUGAAAAUUCCGUGACCACUUGAGCACGCCAAGUGACCACUUGAGCACGCCAAAUAAUCAUCGAAGGAUGAAGCUUAUGCAAUAUCAUCUAUGCUUUCACGACAGUCAAGAGAAAGCCGAACAUUGUGAUUCCGUGGUUCUUCGGUGCUCAUCAGUAAUUUAUUUCUGCUCUGAAGCUACAUUUGUAUCUGUUAAAAUUAGGCAGAAACAUCAAAUUACAAUUUUUUCGAGGAAACCAUCAAAAUUGUGGGCUUGUUUGCAACCCAAUGGAAUAUCAAGUGUAUCCAAUGUCGAUAAACUGUGAAUUCCAGAGCUUUGUGAAAAAGAUAUACUGAAGUGUGAAAAAGCAACACAGACAGUGUCUGAAUGUUUCAUGAUAAUGGAAAAAGAAUAGAGCUGCAACAUUGGUUACACAAUCGAAAUGGAUGAUGUGUUGAAUGUUAUCAGUUUCAUUCACUAAUUCACAUAUUUGGUCCCUACCAAUUGGAUCAGAAAAAUCUUUUGUAUUACGCUGCAGCAAAGACUUUAGAAAUCACACGGAAGACAAGUGGAUUAAAGACAAGGUUUUGGUUAUGAAAACGAGUAGAAAUGUCGAAAUCAAUCAAUUUAUUGUAUUAAUUUAGUUAAUGGACAGCAAAUUGAUAAGAAAUAUAUGUUUGUGACUCUGUAUUUAUUAAAGGCUCUGCUGAAUGAUUCAAUGAGAAGUAUAUA